CCUAAUCCAUGUUCAGAACCAUCCAUCUGCUUCUGAAUGGUCAGGUCAAUGAUCAGACUCCCUGUGUGAUUUUCAAGUGUUGGUCCACUUAAGGCCCGGCCCAUUAUCAGACAGUAAACAUUGGUUAAACACACUAAUCUCCAUCAUCACCCCAUGUAUAAAUAUUUCAAAAUUCAUAUUUUUUUCAUUUUUUUUCUUAAUUGAAUUCGCUGUUUAAUAUUGUGACGCUGACCAUUCAUCAAAAUCAUGCGCGAUCAACGGACACAUGAUGCCGACAAAAUACAAGUAGACUUGUAUUGCAAUCAAUGCCCUAUAAAAUACAAUUAUCAUGAUAUUAUACUAAUGUAUCAUUAAUAUAAAAUUUCAAGACUCGUUUGUCAACUUCCCCAUAUGUAAUUAUUCUAAUCACUUAAACCUGUAUCAAUCCAAAAGUCUUUUAUAGUCCAUGUACCAAAGAGUCUUCACUUGCAUUUUCCGUCACAAUGCCGCAGUUGGAGCGCAGCGGGAAAUCGCCGUCUCUGUUGGCCAGACGAGCCUCGAGUGGUGAAAUUAGGAACUUGGCGACAGUUUCAAGCAGUCUUUUGCCUGCGUUUGGGACCAUCAUCGAUGAAGGCCAUUCAAGGCUCAAAAAAUACAUAAUUGUACCGUACGAUCGUCGCUAUAGGUGGUGGCAACUAUUUCUAGUGGUACUCGUCAUCUACUCUGCAUGGUCAUCUCCCUUUGAGCUUGCAUUCAAACGCGUGGGAACCGGAACUUUGUUGGCCGUUGAUUUGGUGGUCGAUGCAUUCUUCGCCAUUGAUAUCGUGAUGACUUUCUUCGUGGCCUACUUGGAUAAAUCCACCUAUCUUCUCGUCGAUGAUCCUAAGAAGAUUGCCAUAAGGUACGUUUCAAGGAUAUGGUUUACCAUGGACGUCGCUUCCACCCUACCGUUUCAGUUCAUCUAUCACAUUUUCACUGGCAAAAAGAGUGGUGGUGACGUCUUCGGCUUCCUCAAUUUGCUUCGGCUAUGGCGACUCCGGCGUGUUAGCGAUCUUUUCGGACGAUUAGAGAAAGACACUCGUUUCAGCUACUUUUGGACAAGAUACAUCAAACUAAUCUGUGUGACUCUAUUCACAGUGCACUCAGCAGGUUGCUUCUACUACUGGAUGGCCAUCCAUUAUAAAAUAAGUAAGGACACAUGGAUCGGAAAUCAGAUCGAAAAUUUUGCAGACCGAAGCAUGUGGCUAGGCUACACUUAUUCCAUGUACUGGUCCAUCACCACACUCACCACUGUCGGCUAUGGAGAUUUGCAUGCAGAAAACUCUGGGGAGAAGACGUUCAACAUUUUCUUCAUGCUCUUCAACAUUGGCCUCACCGCUUAUAUCAUUGGAAACAUGACAAAUCUCAUUGUUCAUGCUGCUACUAGAACUUUCUUCAUGAGGGAUACCAUGAAUGAGGCUUCACGAUAUGCAAGCAAGAAUAGACUUCCAGAGAGCUUGAAAGACCAGAUGAUGGCCCACCUUCAACUCAAGUUCAAGACAGUAGAGUUGCAGCAAGAGGAAGUUCUUUCAGACCUUCCCAAGGCAAUAAGAUCAAGCAUUGCACAACAUCUCUUCCAAAGAACAGUCGAAAAUGCUUACCUUUUUAAAGGAGUCUCUCAGGACCUAAUAAUCCAGUUGGUUUCUGACAUGAAGGCAGAAUACUUCCCCCCUAAAGUUGAUAUUGUCCUACAAAAUGAGAUCCCUACAGACUUUUACAUUAUUGUAUCUGGUGCAGUGGAAUUGCUAACAUACAAGAAUGGAACAGAACAGCGGUUGUCAGGCUUAGGACCUACAGACAUGGCAGGAGAAAUUGCAGUGGUUUUCAGUAUCCCACAGCCUUUUACAGUGAGAAGCAAGAGGCUCUCCCAGGUCAUUCGGAUAAGUCACCAGCAUUUUAAGCAAAUUGCACAGCUCCAUCCUGUAGACGGAAGGACAAUAAUCUCCAACUUUCUUCAGUACUUGAAAGGCUUGCAGAAGGAAAUACUGGAGGAAAUACCAUUUCUCACAGAACUGCUGAGCGACAUGGAUACUGAGCAUCAUGAAUUGAUAGAGGAACUACGGAACUGUGAAGCAUCACCAUUAAGUUGUGGAGGACAUGCCAAGAGGGAAGAAUCAACAGAAGCUUCUUCUAGUCCAUGCUUAAUCCAAUUACCAAAGAGGGUGGUUAUUCAUGGGCACCAUCCAGAUGAAAUUGACAAAAUGGAAGGUAUUAAAUUUGGAAAGCUUAUCCAUCUCCCAGACACAAUGGAGGAGCUUCUAACAUUGGCAGAGAAAAAGCUUGGGAAAACAGGAAGUAAAAUUCUCACUGUCGACGGCUCAGAAGUGGAAGAAUUGAAUGUUUUGAGAGAGAAGGACCACCUGUUUCUUUGUUGAAUGUGUGUACUUGUUAGGUCUGGACAACUUCUGCUGAUGCUUGGUAUACACUCUAGUUAAGAGUAAAACUGUAAAUAAACUGCAAAAUGUGUACAAAAGAGGGGGAAAAAAUCUUAAGAGCCAGCUUGGUCUUGGUGAAUAUUGCAGUAUCCUGAAUGGUUCCUCCUCACAAUAUUUUAAAAUGGCACUUGAUUCCAAAAGACCAAAAAGUAGGUGGUAUUGAUGUGGUAUUAGCGGCAUGAAAGCAAGAUACCAUUUUUAACAUUUACACGGGGAGUAAACAUUUUAACAGACAUUGUGGCAUUCAACCUUCUGCCCAACUAACUCUAAAUUAUAUAACAUGAUAGGAAGAUAAUAUCCCACUAAUAUCUUUGAAAACUCUCUAGCAUUGGAUACUUUCAAGGGAAGUGUUCGAGAAACAUAUCUUUGACGAAUUUUCCAAAUCAUCAACCAGGAGUGACAGGUGAAUCUUGGGAAUUCCUUCAAAAGCAUACAAUUUCCCAUUUUCAGCAAGAACAAACAAAUGUCAUGAUGACCCCCAGUUUUGUGAAAUUAAGUUGCAAACUAGAGAUGCAUAAGCACCCUCAACUCUCUUCAAAAGAACAUUGAUCAUGGUUGCAUUUCUCAGUUGCAACUCACACAUCAAAAAUUGAUAGGUCAACAUUGACCUAUUAAGGAGAUCAUUUUGGCAUGGUCCAUCCACAGUGGGGCCUAAUAGACCAAUGGUUUGGAACUCUAAGGGCCUGUUUGGGAGCGUGGA